AUGUCUACAAACGAAAGCUUGAAUACCACAGCUCGACCAGAACAAAGAAACGGCGCCGUAGAAGAGUGCUUUGUGAGAGAUUCGACACCUGUUAAGUUGGUUCAUGUCAUGACAUAUUGUAUUCUGGUAAUUGUGUCUUUGUGUGGAAACUCCGCCAUAAUAACGGUGGUCUGGAAAGUACGGCGAAUGAGGAAAACUAUCAACUUUUUCAUUGUAAACAUGUGUAUUGCAGAUCUCCUUAUAACGCUGUACAUGCCGCGCUCGAUAUCCGUCUCUUUCACCGGAUAUCGUUGGCUUGUAGGUGGAAUAUUAGGACUGAUAUUCUGUAAAUUUUCCGUGUUCAUGCAUCAAACAGCGAUAGCAGUCUCUAUAUUCACUGUGAUUGCAAUUAGCUGCGAUCGGUUUUUUGCCGUUGUUUUCCCACUCAAGACUUUCAUCACAAAGAAAACUUGCCAAAUAAUCAUAGCUUUCACCUGGAUUUUGUCGGUUGCGAUUCGACUGCCGAUGUUGUACGGGCUAGAGAUUACAGUGGGCAAAAACGGUUAUCUCGGAUGCUUACUGUCUCUAGACGAUGCCUUUUACAAAGGAGCGGAGAAGACUUACUAUCAGUUCACCUUGAUUGGAUUAUUUGCGGUACCUUUAUCGGUGAUUGCUAUACUCUACUCGGGAAUUUUUAUUUCACUGAGACUCAGAAAAUCUCCUGGAGAAGUUGUUCCAAGAGGAGUGGGAAGAGAACAUAGGCGAGACGCCGUCAUAAAGAAGAAGGUGCUUCGCAUGGUCUUUAUAGUGGUGGUUGUAUUUGUCUUAUGUUGGCUUCUGUUUUUCAUUCAGCUUAUUUUGUUUUCCUAUAAAAUCCGAGUUCCCUGUGAGGUGUUAUUCUGGCGUCUGUUUCUGGCUCAUCUAAACAGUGGCAUUAAUCCCAUUCUAUACCUUGUGCUCAACGAGAAUUAUCGCGAAGGAGUUAAGAAUCUCAUUCGACGUUGGAGGCCGGGCGGGUUUGUCGCUGAGAAAUCGGUGUAUCCCUUGAGGUGA